CAAAUAUUUUCUUUCCCUUUCAACUGCCCUUAGCCCCAAUUCCUCACUAUUUCUUCUCCAGGGCUCCAAACUGAGCAAUUGAACACCAGUUUUCCAAAUUUCACCAGAAAACCCUAAUUCUCAGCGAUUAAACCCUUGAUGAACUUGUUCGCACAUUUUUCUGUUUGGAGAAACUAAUUUCAAUGUCGAAUUCUCGUGUCGGAGUUGGAGGAGGGAUACCUAGAGGUAUCAGCCUCGCCAACACUGUUCAUUCCGAAGUCGCUCCAUGCUUGCCGUUGCCGUCGCUGCCGGUAUUCUGCGGCGCUCUUGACCAGGACCUGCGGUUAAUUGACGAGCCUACGGGUUCGGCCAAGCGGUUAAAUCGUAGUGAUGUUCCCGAUCAGGCUAGCAAGAUAUCCAAACUUCUCCAGUCUACUGAUGUGUCUUACCUGAAUCUUAGAACGAAAGGAACCCAGUCACCUUAUGGUCAUGAAGGACAUCUAGACCUUUACAAUGAGGUUCUUAGAUGCAACCCUGAAGCAUUUGAGCACAUUGCUCCAGGUUCUGCGAAGCAGCAAAUGUAUAAUAAUUCUGUACCUAAAAACAAGGUAUCUGAAAGGAAGCAGUUAGUGCAAAAUCUCUCCACUAACAACGAACCUGUGAAAGACAAAGGAGAAACUCAGCGUCAACAUGAACAUGAUGCUAUUACAUCUUCAUCUAGAAAACCAAAAGCCAGGAAGAAAACAUCUGAUGACACAUUACCAACUGAACCAGAAGGCACUGAACUCCAAGAUGCUGCUGUGGAAAGAUUUUGUGAAGUGCUUGAGGAUUUAUGUGGGAAAGCAGAAAUUACUGUGGAUGAUAGGGAAGAAGGUGAAGCAGAAUGGGUACUUCUGCCUGUUGGCAAUAUUAGAACUCUUGUGAAAGAAGUUAUGGCAGCUCGAACAAAUAAAAUUCAACAUUUUGUCCCUGUUGGUCUUCUUGAAAGAAUGUUGAAAGUUCUAGAUCAUCAUAUUCACAGUGCAGAAGGCUUAUCCAUUACUCAAUCUGAAAGUUCUUAUUCGGAUGUAGUGUCUACAAUUAUGGUAGCACUUGAGUCCAUCCAUGCAGCUGUUGCAAUUAUGGCAUAUAAUGGCAUGCCAAAGCAAAUCUACAAGGAAGAGAUCAUUGAAAGAAUUGUGGAGUUUUCAAGGAGACAAAUAGCAGAUGUCAUGGUAGCUUGUGAUCCAUCUCAUCGUCCCACCAGCAAACCAACUGACAAUGGCAAUUUGAGCAAAAAACUCGAUAAUGAUGAUGAUGAUGAUGAUGAUGACGAUGAUGAUGAUGAUGAUGAUGAUGAUGAUUAUGAUGAGGAUUUUGGAUCUGCUAGCAAGAAAAGGCGAACUACUAGGAAUGCAAAAGUGAAAAGAUCAGGAACAAACAAGACUUCUGCUGCAGCACAUAACAUACUUCAGAAACUUUGCACCAUAAUUGGUUUUCUAAAGGAUUUAUUAAUGAUAGAGCGCCUCUCAGAUAGUUGCAUCUUACAACUAGUGAAAACAUGCUUUUCCACUUUAUUGGUGGAUAAUGUUCAACUUUUACAAUUGAAGGCAAUCAGUCUAAUAGGCGGGAUAUUUUAUUCAUAUACUCAGCAUCGAGUAUACGUGAUGGACGAUUUACUUCAUCUGCUCUUGAAAAUACCAUUUUCAAAGAAGAUUCCUAGAACUUACCACCUUGCAGAUGAAGAACAAAGGCAGAUUCAAAUGAUAUCUGCUUUAUUGAUUCAGUUAAUUCAUUGUAGUGCAAACCUUCCUGAUUCUUUGAGGGAAGCACCUGAUUCCAAUCCAUUAUUUGAAAUUGGAAUUGAUUCUAGUUACCCUUAUAAAUCCCAAGAGGCAGUAACUGAUGCAUGUUGUCUUUUCUGGAGUCGUGUGCUUCAACGAUUUGCAAAUACUAAGAAUCAAAAUCAAGAUGCAUCUGAGUUCAAGGUCAUGUUGGAAAAUCUUGUUAUGGAUCUUCUGACAACAUUGAAUUUACCUGAAUACCCUGCUUCAGCUCAUAUUCUUGAGGUUCUUUGUGUGUUACUGCUUCAAAACGCGGGUCUGAAGUCAAAAGACGUUGCUGCCCGUUCCAUUGCCAUUGAUGUUCUUGGUACAGUUGCUGCAAGGCUAAAACGGGAAGCUGUCCUCUGUAAAAAGGAAACAUUCUGGAUUGUAAAAGAGUUACUAGGCAGGGACGAAACCGACAUUUCACCUCCAGACGACACAUGUUCUGUUUGUUUGGAUCCAAAAAGUGAAAAGCCAUUGGAACAAUGUGAAACUUGUCAGAGAUUAUUUCAUGUAGACUGUAUGGGAGUAAGAGAACAUGACAUAUCUGGUAGCAGUUGGUUUUGUCAGCUCUGUCUCUGCAAAAAACAACUCCUUUUUUUACAAUCUUAUUGUAAGACUCAAGGAAGAGUUGAAGGCACUCACACCCGUAAAAAGUCAAAGUCAAAGGACAAGGACACCUCUGAUGUUACAAAAACAGAGAUCGUGCAACAGAUGUUAUUAAAUCAUCUUCAGGAUUUUGCAUCUGCUGAGGAUGUGCAUAUUUUUACUAGAUGGUUUUAUAUUUGUUUGUGGUACAAAGAUGAUCCAAAUGGUCAAGAGAAGUUUUUGUACUACCUUGCCAGGCUAAAAUCAAAAGCAAUUGUGCGUGGUUCUGGGAUGGGUUCAUCUUUAUUGACUAGGAGUUCUGUCAAGAAGAUAACAUUGGCACUGGGACAGAAUAACUCUUUUUCUAGAGGAUUUGAUAAAAUUCUUCACAUGCUUCUGGCAAGUUUAAGGGAGGGUUCUCCUGUGAUUCGUGCUAAAGCAUUGCGUGCAGUUAGUAUCAUUGUAGAGGCUGAUCCAGAGGUUUUAGGUGAUAAAUUUGUUCAAACAGCUGUUGAAGGAAGGUUUUGUGACUCUGCUAUAUCUGUACGAGAAGCAGCAUUGGAACUUGUUGGACGAUAUAUUGCUUCACAUCCUGAUGUUGCUCAGAGGUAUUAUGGGAAGGUGGCUGAGAGAGUGAAAGAUACUGGAGUGAGUGUUAGGAAACGAGCCAUCAGGAUCAUUAGGGAUAUGUGUACUUCUAAUUCUAAUUUCCUGGACUUCAACAGUGCUUGCAUUGAAAUCAUUUCUCGUAUUAGCGAUGAAGAAUCCAGCAUUCAGGACCUUGUGUGCAAGACAUUCUAUGAGUUCUGGUUUGAGGAGCCUUCGGGUUCACAAAACCAAAUGUACGCAGAUGGUAGUUCUGUAACAAUGGAAAUAGCAAAGAAGACUGAACAAAUGGUUGAAAUGCUGAGGAAAAGGCCCAAUAAUCAAUUACUUGUCAUAGUUAUUAAACGUAAUUUAGCCCUUGAUUUUUUGCCUCAAGCAGCUAAAGCUGCAGGAAUCAGUCCUGUGAUGCUUGCAUCAGUAAGAAAACGAUGCGAGCUCAUGUGCAAGUGCUUGUUGGAAAAGAUAUUACGGGUAGAGGAAACGAAUGUUAAUGAUAUGGAAGUGGGUGCACUACAUUAUGUCCUGCUCUUGCAUGCUUUCUGUGUAGUGGAUCCUGCACUUUGUGCACCGGCCUCUAAUCCUUCUCAAUUUGUGGUCACAUUGCAGCCAUAUUUAAAGAAACAGGCUGACAAUCGAGCAGUUGCCCAACUAGUGGAAAGUAUAGUGUUUGUGAUUGACUCUGUUUUGCCUUUGGUAAGAAAGCUUCCUCAAAGUGUAAUUGAAGAUCUUGAACAAGAUUUGAAGCAGAUGAUCGUCCGACAUUCUUUUUUGACUGUUGUCCAUGCUUGCAUCAAGUGCCUUUGCUCCAUGAGCAAAGUUGCAGGAAAGGGUGCAUCUGUUAUUCGAUAUCUUAUUCAAGUAUUCUUCAAACGCUUGGAUUCACUGGGAUUCGAAAACAAUCAGCAAGUGUGUCGAUCUCUUUUCUGUCUUGGAUUGCUUAUUCGCUAUGGAAGCUCUUUGUUACGUAUGUCACUUUCCAGCACACAGACUCUUGAUGUCUCUGGCAGCCUCACCUUAUUCAAAAAGUACUUCUAUGCAGAGGAUUUUGCUCUCAAAAUCAGAUCAUUGCAGGCAUUAGGCUAUGUUUUAAUUGCAAAGCCAGAAUGUAUGUUGGAACAAGACAUGGGAAAUAUCUUAGAAGCAACACUCUCUUCUAGCACCGAUGCUCGCAUCAAGAUGCAAUCACUGCAGAACUUGUUUGAGUACCUUGUAGAUUCAGAACAACAGAUGGAGAAUGAUAAAGUUGAAUAUGAAAAAAUUGUUAAUAGUAAAGAUGCAAGCCAUGUCCCUGUUGCUGCUGGUGCAGGUGAUACUAACAUCUGUGGUGGAAUCAUUCAGUUAUAUUGGAAUAGCAUUUUAGGUAGAUGUUUGGAUGCAAAUGAACAAGUUCGCCAGUCUGCUCUUAAGAUUGUGGAAAUAGUUCUACGCCAAGGUCUAGUUCAUCCAAUUACAUGUGUUCCAUAUCUGAUAGCACUUGAAACAGAUCCACAGGAAGCAAACUCAAAGCUUGCUCAUCAUUUGCUCAUGAAUAUGAAUGAGAAGUAUCCUGCCUUUUUCGAAAGCCGUCUAGGUGAUGGGCUACAGAUGUCAUUUAUCUUCAUGCAAUCAAUGAAUCAAAGUCUUCCCGAAACACCAAAUGCCCAAAACAAGACACUUAAUAACACAAAAGGAAAACCAGAUGGAAGCUCCUUCUCUUAUGCAAGACUCGGUGUUUCUCGAAUUUACAAGGUCAUUCGUGGAAAUCGCGCAUCAAGAAAUAAAUUCAUGUCCUCAAUUGUUCGCAAAUUCGAUACCCCCGCGUGGCAUAACUCAGUUGUCACCUUUUUAAUAUACUGUACAGAGAUACUCUCUUUACUCCCUUUCGUGUUACCUGAAGAGCCUCUGUAUUUGAUUUACGCUAUAAAUAGAGUUAUACAAGUUAGGUCAGGGGGAAUCGAGUCCAAUAUGAAGACAUUCCUACAUAAGUUACAAGAGCAAAUCCCAAAACAACCUGAAAAUAGUGUAGUCCAACAGGAGCCAGAGCCAGAGCCAGAGCCAAUUGCUCAACCUGUUUCUGGUGAGGAGCCCAUUGUAGAUGAGAAUGCACCAGUUAAAGAAGAGGUUCCCAAUGAGAUUAAAGAAGAGGCUCCCACUGAGGUUAAAGAAGAGGUGGUUGCUACUGAGGUUAAUGUCACUGAAACCGAGCAUAUGGAUCUUGAUCAACAAUCAAUGAACAAUGCCAUUUCUGUUGUUAUUAUAUCCCCGGAUGAUCUUCCACACAUCCAGGGUGACUGCCUCGCAGCAUGUGCAUUGCAACUACUUCUGAAGCUGAAAAGGCACCUGAAAAUAAUCUAUAGUUUAGAUGAUGCUCGAUGCCAGGCUUUUUCUCCAGCUGACCCUCCAAAACCAGGGGAGUUUCUUUCACGACAGAAUAUCCCAUUCAAUGUAGGUGAGGUAGAGACUACUCGACCCACCACCUACCAGGAGAUUUUACAAAGAUAUCAGGAAUUCAAGAACGCGUUGAGAGAAGACACAGUUGACUACUCGGUCUACACAGCAAAUAUUAAAAGGAAACGUCCUCCUGGAAGGAAGCCUGGAACUACAAAAGCAGUGUUACAAAGCCGUGUGAUGAACAACGGGAACACCAAUAAAGAUUCCGAUGACGAUUCCGGUGAUGAGAAUUGGGGAAGCGGGACCCGCGUAACAACCGGUGUGAGAAGAGGCGGUAUCACCACCAGAAGUAGACAAAGGCUAUAGUUGUAAAUACACCCAAUACAACAACAAUCUAACAUGUACAGCCCCCCUAGAAGAAGAAGAAGAAGCAAUCACUCAAUCAAUCAAAAGAAUAGAAAGGUUGUAUGAAGUAAGUAUGAACAACUUGCAGGUUCGACUUCGACCCUUGCACUCUCAUUUUUUACAACUUUGCCCCUUAAUACAGGCCAUGCUAGUACUAGUCUAAUUGCAUUGAUUUUUCUUUUUCUUAUUAAUUGCUAUGGUUUUAGAUCUGUUUAGCGGGUGGGUUUGUGUGAACCUGAAAGACACUUUUGUAUAUUAUUUUAUCGUAGAUUGAGAUAGUUUAGGAUCGUAAUAUGUUGGAUUAAAAUUUCUUGUGUUGCUUAUUUGCUUGG